UUGCUAUCGAAAAAGUCCAGUUGCGUUCAGGUUUUAUGAGAGAUCGCGUCGUGGAUCGGUGUGAGGGCAAGGAUUCGUUACGUUAGGUUAUGUAAUAUCGCGCGAAACGGGUUCGAAUUUCGGUUCCCGUAGUUUAGGGGUUUGUUUCGUUUUCGGUAAUAUGAAGAAGCUACGAGUGAUUCGCAUAGUGAUUCAGCGGGUGUUGAUUACUGGGGCAGUGUUCUGGGCGGCGAUAAUGGUGAUCCAAUUUACGGCUAUUACUCCAAAAGCUGUUUAUAGCCCGUGCAAACGGCCGUGCAACCGAGCUGAUUGGCCCCGGAUCUGUCGCUACCGGUUGGUAAUAGAAAAAAUCUCGCUGCCCAAGUUUCUAAUGAACCAUAAAAAUAUAAUUAGCAAUGAAAAUGGAGCAGCGACGCCCGAUGGUUCUGGGAAACUCAGCCGGCAGGUCGAAAGUCACUACUUUCUUGUCAACGGACACCACACCGGGCCGACGUUGGAGGUAUGCAAGAAUGAUUUUCUCGUGAUUGACGUGGAAAAUCGCAUCCCGGGGCGAAGCAUUUCCUUGCAUUGGACCGGCCAAACGCAGAAGCGGACCCCAUUUAUGGACGGAGUGCCAAUGAUAUCCCAAUGUCCCAUUACCAGUUACACUACAUUCCAGUACAAAUUCCAAGCGAACCGAGUGGGAACACAUCUCUACUAUGGUUUCUCCAACGACGAGCGUAAGCUGGGGCUGAUUGGUGCACUGUUGGUAAGGUCAGUGCACGAACAAAGUCAACAUCCGUUGACAAGCCAAUGCCAGGAUGAUUUGAUUUGGCUAAUUUCGGAAGUAAACGGAACAUUCUUGAUUAACGGAAACAGAAGCAUGACCCUCUCGGUGCAACCCAAAAGUCGGUACCGUUUGAGAGUGGCAUACGCUGCACCUGUUGGCACAUGGAACCAUUGCCAACGUUGGCUGGAGAUACAGGAUCACAACCUGACGGUGAUUGCUCUGGAUGGGAAUUUAGUAGAGCCACUUGUGGUGGAACGGGUAGCUCUGUCCGACGGUAACCGAGUAGAUCUUAUUGUACAUACCAACGUGUACCACAGGGUGAAACAAGAUUAUGAAAUUCGCCUCGUUGCCACUGGUGAUAGUCCUCGCUCGGUAUACACCGGUUACAAUAGCAACGAGUGCCAUCUCCGACGCCGGGAUGAGCUGCCAUAUGCUGCUCACGGUUCAACGAACAAUUUUAGAUUAAAGUAUGUGCGAUCUGAGACAGCUGAUUCAACGCUGCCGCCCAGCGGUGUGACAUCAGAAGCAAUAUCCUCGCCAUCGUCAGUCAAACCACCACCAGCCCGAAAGCAACUCGAGUUCAACGUCGGACGUACCGUGUGCAGCAACAGUUCCUUCGAUGUUGGAGUGUCCUCUCCAGCGGGAGCUCGCAGCCGCUAUGACAAACUUUGCCUGCUAAAUGUUAGGACCAGACCGACCGGCGAUUCCAGGGAUCGCUUUCCGCCCGAGCUGCGUGAAGUGGAAAGGCAGAUCAGCCUGGUGCUCACCAAACGGAAGGUUGAACGACAAAUUUUCGGAGAGCGCUUCUACGACGUGUCCUACAGCGUGAAUGGGUUUAGUUUUAUUUAUCCUUCGGUGCUGAUGUUACAACGAAAAUUCAACGAUGAUGCCGAUUUGGAGCACAUUAUUUGCAGCAACAGUAGCGGCUACAGACGGAUGCCAAAAAAAUGUCAUCAAACCGUGGAUGAGGCCUGCGAAUGUGUUCAUGUUGAGUCUGUGGAGCUCGGCCAUCGCGUUGAGCUCGUUAUAGUAAACGAAGACAACGACUCUGCUUACACUUACCAUUUGCAUGGGUACUCGUUUUUCGUAAUUGCAUCGACUCGAAUGACUCAACAUGAGAAUUGGCAGACUCAGCUGCUUAAUUUGGGGCGUAACUAUGAUCGACCCGUCCUACUAGACACAGUCAGAAUAGAGAGCAAUUCGAUGGUAGUACUGCGAUUCGUCGCUUCAAAUGCAGGACUAUGGAUGCUGCGAGACCUUGAUGCAGAGCAUGAGUGGAGUCGAGGACUUGAUGUACUGUUGAAUGUAAGAGCUUCAGAGACUGAAAUCAAUUUUCCGGAUGAUUUUCCCAAGUGUAGGCAUUUUGUUGGACCAAAGUAUUUUCUGAUAUAGGGAAAGUGUACCAGUUAUGGCCAUAGUG